UACAUAGCUGUGCACAUCAUACCUGAUCAGAUGAUGUCUUUCGGGGGCUCCACUGAUCCCUGCGCACUCUGCAGCCUUUACAGCAUCGGCAAAAUAGGAGGGCAGCAGAACAAGACUUACACCAAGCUCCUGUGUGAUCUGAUCUCUAAGCACUUGCAUGUAUCUGCAGACAGGGUGUACAUCAACUACUUUGACAUGAACGCUGCCAAUGUGGGCUGGAAUGGCUCCACCUUUGCGUAGAGGUUUCCCAUCUGAAGAGGCUGCUCCUGGACCUACCUUCAUCCUGCCCCUUAGCAGAGACCGCCGCACAAAUGGCCCCGUGUUGCACUUUGUGCACUCUCACAUUGAUGGCUACUUGCUAGUGUGUUUAAAUAUUGCUGCUUCAACAUUCCUCUGUUUUCUCUGUGUAGAAAACAAAUAAAGAUUUAGAAGUAA